UCGUUUUUGCGAAAUUACCCCGGAUUUCAGCUGUCAAGGAUUUGAUCGAUUUCCCCCAAAUCUCCCGGGAGCCCUAAUUGUUUUCACGAAUUCACCCUUUUUCUACUGGAUUCCUCGCUUCUCAUCUCAUUGUUGUUGCUUCGUUCUAUACCUUUCUCUUUGUGAAGCAAUGACGGAGGAUCGAUUGCCAAAAGCAGCGGAAGAGCCCUCACCUGCGAAUGGCUCCGGGAAGCAGAGGAAGAAGAGAAAGUGGGAUCAACCAGCGGAUUCAUUGAUGUCUGCUGGGAUGGCUGUCACUGGCACAAUGCCUUCGGGUGUUGAUGGUGUUUAUGCAAGUGUCCUCCCAGGCGUGCUGCCACUUUCUGUGCCUCUUCAUUUGAACCUGGCGACGAUUGCGGCAACCUCACAGUCAUUACAGAUACCACUAAUUCCACCAAAUACUGCUGCUAUAGUGCAGAAAUUGAGCCAGCCAAAGAUUCAAGAUGAAUUAAUUGCAAGAGAGAUUGUUAUAAAUGAUGCAGAUCCUUCUGUCCGUUACAAGCUGACUAAACGUCAAACUCAAGAAGAGAUUCAGAAAAGCACUGGUGCUGUUGUUAUAACCAGGGGAAAAUACCGUCCUCCAAAUGGAUUACCAGAUGGUGAGAAGCCCUUGUAUCUUCACAUUUCUGCUGGGGCACAUUUGAAAGACACUGUGGAACGCAUCAAAGCAGUUGAUCAUGCAGCUUGUAUGGUUGAGGAUAUGUUGAAACAAUGUCAGAGUUCACUUCCAGCUUCUACUGUUCUCCCAUCUGUGUUUAGCGAUGGGCUGGCGACCCAAUCUCUUAACACAUGUUUGUACCUGGGUUUUGAACCGGACCCAUCACUCAACAUUGCAACCCGUAUACGUGGUCCUAAUGACCAGUAUAUAAACCACAUUAUGAAUGAAACAGGAGCAACUGUUGUACUGAGAGGACAUGGAUCAGAAAAUCCUGAUAAUUCCAGUAAUGAAAAAACUCAACAACCUCUGCAUUUAUUCUUGUCAUCUUCAAACCCAACGAGUCUUGAAGAUGCAAGGAUCCUUGCAGAAAACCUGUUGGACACAAUCUGUGCAGAAUGUGGUGUAUCAAGGAUAUCGUCUUCUAAGACCUAUAAUGCAGUCCCACCUCCUCAGCAAUUGUUGGCUGGACUCUCCAGUGCAAGCUCUGGAUCAACUUGCAUGCCGGUUGUUUCGAUGCCAACGGCAUCACUGAAGCCUUCUGGGUCUUCUGACUCAAAUACUUGUUCUCCAAUUAUGGCUCAACCUACACCCUCUCAACUGAACUACUCUCAUCCAUCAGUGAGUGGGGGGACAAGUUAUAGUGGAUAUGGUGGGAUAUAUCCGCAAGCCACGCCACUCCAACAAGUUGCUUUGGCACUCAGGCAAGCUCCUCCGAACACCUCUUCCGCGGCUACCACUUCACAGGCUAUGGUGUCACCAAAGACAAAUACAAGUUCUUGUGUGGAGAUCGAUAAGCGUCCUCCGCAAAAGCGGAAGUUCCAGGAGUUACCCGUUUCUUCAGUUCGACCAAUGAUACCUAAACAGAACUUACAACAGGAAUCAGAAUUUCUUAAGCCAGGUUUAGAGGAUUCUAGCUCAGAAGGCCUUUUCUCUGUUCCACCACCGAAAAAGCUCUUCCCCACAAGGUCCGGUGAUAUGCUACCAUCACUUGCAAGAACCAUGCCACCACCACCGCCACCGGCAACCCCGCCCUCAAGAAGCAUGCCACCACCACCACCACCGGCAACCCCGCCCUCAAGAAGUAUGCCACCGCCACCGCUACCACCAAAGUUCUCACCUGCCAAAGAUGAGAACAGGGGUUCUGCAGUAAAGAGGCCAGGAUUUGGGCUUAUCUCCAUUACCAAUUCAAAGAACACAGAGAACAGAGACAUUGAACCCGUCCCGGAUACUCUACUGAAGUUGAUGGAGUAUGGAGAAGAAGAGGAUGAUACUGAUGGUGCUGGUGAAUAACUUACUCAAAAACCAACUUACACUUUGGUGGUGUUUCAAGAACAUGUUGGAACUCCGAAGUAUUGUUUUUGCGUCAACAUUGUGAUGACGGAGUUGUCUGAUCUCGCAGUUGGUUCCUGAUUUAAGGUUCGGAAAAUCAUCUUGCUUGCCCUGAAUCAUAAAAGCAAGGCUGUGAUUUUGUUUUAGUUUUCUUCUUUCUUGUAUUGUUUGCUUGGCAAUUUAAUGUAUCAGAUGAACCAGGCUUCUAUGUUGUAAUUAUAUGUGCAUUUGGACUUACAAUUUUAGUGGUUUAGUGGAAAAUCUUUCGGCUUCAA